CACGUUUCACGAGGAGUGAAAAGGCGGUCACUCGGUACGCCGCCGUGGCUGCUUUCACCGGCGAUGGAAUAAUGCCGAUCAAGCCUUAACGGUACGCUGUAAACUCAUGCCUUCCGUAUUUCCUUCGCGAACCACCAGCAAAAUGAUCGCGGAUCUCGGGUGAUCGUCGGUGUAUCGCCGAGAAGGUUCGUCGCAGUGUCUCGCGAGUGUUUGUCGGUGUUGUUUAUUGCGCGUCCGUACGAGUGUGAAAAACGUGGAGAUACAACGACUACGUUUAGCCUCGCGCUUCUUCUCGAGGAUCGACUCGGUUGUAUAGUAUGGAAACGACGAUGUACAUCAGCAACGAGCCGCAGAACAACGGUCACUCGGCCACCAAAUACGCCUCCACGAACUCGAUUCCGUCGAUGAUGGAGAAAGAGUCGUCGUUCGCAAAACUGAUCGGCGCAGUCGGUAGGCGGGACUCGAGCGCUAUCUUGCGUGACAAUAAGGGAAGGAGGCAUAGCGUGUUGGAGGAUUUGAAGGCGCGAAGGGACAGCUUGUUCCAUAGGGCACGACGUGGCAGUGUUGUCGAAGAGAAGGAGAAUAAUACGGCGACGAAACAAGUGCAAAAGGAGAAAAGGCGAGCGAGCGAAGGUGGCAGAAGGUGUUCGGUUUUUUACGUGUCUCAGGAUUUACUCGAAGAGAAUCAGGAGUUGUUAGAAAACGAGAGAAUACAGGCAGACCUCGAGGGAAAGAAGGGUCGGAGAAAAUCGUGGCAUAUUCUCGCGAAGCCACCGAAACUCGAUCGAAAGAGGAGAAAAGGUAUCGCUGGUGUUCCGACACAGGUUGGAAGCACCGAUGGAUUGUACACACAAACUAGACAGAAGAGGCCUUCAUGGUGGAAUAUAUUCGUACCUGACUCUGUCGCCAGGUCCAGGCGAAUGUCCCAGGACAUCACGCAUUCGAGAUCCACCGAGAACCUCACCGCGCCUUACUUCAGGAGCAAGAGCCGCAGCGUGGAUCAUGGAUCCACCGCGCCUCUCGGCUGGGAUCUAGACUCCUCCAAGAAUAAGGUGGAAGGACGAUUCGAGUCCGUCGACGAGUUCACGAAGGAUUCAGACACGGAGAGCGAGGAUGGCGCGGCGACGCGGUUAAACUUUAACAUCAUCCCUUACACGGUGGGCGACAGGGACACGUUGACGUCGGUGGCCGCGAGGUUCGACACGACGCCAUCCGAGCUGAGCAAAUUUAACAGGCUCGGAAGUACUUUCAUUUACCCCGGUCAGCAGCUGUGGAUACCGGUGGAAGGAGAAGGUCGGACAAAAGGCGGAACAACUACGAGCGCGCCCAGUCCGGAUCCUUGUCACGAUCAUGACUCCCAGGAUGACCUACCUCCAGAGGAAAAAGAACUCUUGGAUAACCUCAUGGUCAGGGUGUUAUUGGUGGAGUGCUACUAG